UGACAGCUGACAGCGCUCUAUGUUGAUAAACAUAGUUCCAACACAUACAGCAAUUAGCACGAACGGGCGAUGGCAGAUUUGCGCCUAUUUUCGCGUGAUUUCAUCGCAGAGUUUAUCGAAAUGUACAAACAGUUCCCAUGCCUGUGGAAUGUAAACUCGAAAGAAUACACGGACCGAAUGAAAAGGAAGCUAGCCUACGAUGCGCUGGUCAUGAAGUACCAGGAGGUGCACAAAACGGCAACCAAGGAAGAGGUGAAGAAAAAACUAUACGGACUGCGAUCAAGUUACCGGCGAGAGAUGAUGAAAUUGAAGAAAUCCGUUCAAUCAGGAGCCACAGUUGACGACGUGUACAAACCAACGUUGUGGUAUUUCUAUUUGUUCGACUUUUUAACCGAUUACGAUACAAUGAAAGAACCUACAAGCACAACGGGGGCGGUUAAAUGUGAAACAAAGGAGGAACAAAUAGAAUACGACGAAGAGUACGAUCUCAUAGAGAAUGAAAACGAUGAUGACUUUGAGAUCGACGAGCAUCAUGAUGAUCUUGACGAUGUUAGCUCGGAAACGGAUAGCGACAAAAAUACGGUAGAUCCUUUUAAUGGUGAUACACUGUCAGAAUACACUUCCGUCUCACGACGACAAUCGUCUGCAGCCGGUACAUCACAAUCGUACCUUUCGCAUAAAAAACGAAAGCUGCUUCCACCCGAAGUAGAUCCAGAGCGCAUAGAAAAUGCGGAAACAAACGAACAAAACGAUCAACCCGUAGUGAAGCAGAGCGUUCAAGAAGAUCAGUUCGACGUGUAUGGCAAGUUGGUAGCGCACAAGCUCCGUUCAUUCGACAAACUACAGGUUACCUUCUCACAACGGUUGAUCAACGAAGUUCUGUACGAGGCCGAAAUGGGGUUUUUAACUAGAAACUGUAAGGUGGUCGAUAUGGGUAGUUCUUGAACCAUAAAUAGUGUUAUUUUUUUAAAGAUCAUACCCAAAACGACGGAUCGCAACGUCGAUAAUGUUUGGAUUUGAAA